AAAACUGCUAGGACAGGAAUGCAGAUUUAGACUGAGUGAGGUGUGGAGUAGGGGAAAGUGAUUGUAUCUCAACCAGAGGCACUUGCCCAGCGUCUCUGGCAUUCAUUAGACACACGCAGAUGUUGCAGUCUUGAAGAAAGCACCUUUUCUGCUGCCAUGACAACCGUGCAAGGAAUGGAACAGACCACACCAAGGGCUGGCCCUGUUGUGUACGAGCUGGGACAGCAUACUACUCUAAAUGCAUAUAUGUGGAAAGGGAAGCCAGAGAAAUUCUUGAAGGGGGAACCCAAAGUUCUUGGGGUUGUGCAGAUCCUCAUUGCCUUAAUGAACUUCAGCUUGGGGAUGAUAAUGAUUAGUCUCAUGGUGUCAUCUGGUGGAAUUUAUUAUUACCAUCCCUUAUCAGCGUACGCAGCGUACACAAUUUGGGGCUCGGUAAUGUUUAUUAUUUCAGGAUCCUUGUCAAUUGCAGCAGGAACCAGCACUACAAGGGGCCUGGUCCAAGGUAGCCUAGGAGUGAACAUCACCAGCUCUGUCUUUGCUGCAGCAGGGAUCUUAGUCACUAUCUUCAGCCUAGCUCUUUCAGCAGCCCAUCACAAUAUGUGUAAAAAUUAUGAGAAAUUGGAGAACUGUUCCCUGCUCAUAUCUAUGUUAAUGGGUAUGGAUGGGAUGGUGCUCAUUUUAAGUGUGCUAGAGUUCUGCAUUGCAGUGUCACUCUCUGUCUUUGGAUGCAAAGUAACCUGUGGUAAUCCUGAUAAGGUUGUGCUCAUUCAGCCAUCAAAUUCUGAUAUGGCAGAAACAACAUCUCCCGCACCAGUCACAGAAGAUUUGAUGCCACCAGCAUAUCAAAAGCAAAAUGUUCCAGGAAACCUAUAUUGACAGUUAUGCAAGAACCCCACUUGGGAAAGUACCAGAAUCCAACUCUGAUUUUAAUAUAUAAAUAUAAAAUUCAGAACUAUGCUCUCAUUAUCCCCCAAGAACUCAACAACUCAUUUCGCUGACUCUUUAUCAACAAUAGCAGAAGUUAAAUAAAUAUAUCAUGCAUUUAAGGAGUGAACAGCACUUGAAUGGUUUUCACCCAGCUUCCGGGCUUUUGGGAAAGGAAAUGAAGGUGGUAAAUAAGAUUGGGAAGAAGGGCAAAUAGAUAUUGCUGAAGUGAAGCCUCCAUGCAGACUGCAUAUUUCUGCUUCCCUGGCCAAUACUCUUCCCACUUGUUUGAAUUUCUUUUCCUGUCUUUGGGAACACAAGGUUGUUUUUACCUUCAGAAAGUUGAGAUGUAUGGCUUUUCCCUCCCUUUCCUUUUCCUGCUUUCCUUAUCCCAUAGAAAAUACCUUCAAACAGCACAGUAGGUCCUUUUAUGUGCACAAACCAUUAUUAGUAUAACACACACAGAGUAAAAAAUCACAUCAUGGAUUAGAUUCAACAUAUAUUUUCUCUCUCUCUCUCUCCUCUUCUUCCCUCUCUCUCAUUCUCUCUCCUACAGGGCAGGGUUAUAUCCUCAUCAAAUUUGUAUCCAGUGCCAUAUAUGUGAUUGUGCAAUAGAUGGUAUUUGCUGAAUGGUCGUUAAAUACAUUUUAUUUAUUACAGAGCAAAAAUAAAUUAAAUAAAAUGAGA